GGGCGGGCUGAGCCGCGCCGGCUCCCUGGAGAGCCGCAUGGUAGCGGCUUGGCAGGCGGCCAUCGUCCGCCCGGCGCGGGGCUGGGGGCGCGUCGCCGUCGGGUAGGUCACCGGGAGUGCGUGUGUGCGCGGGCCUCGAGCGGCAGGCGGAGCAUCGCUGAGCGGAGCAACGCUGAGCGGAGUGGGGCGGACGCGGCCGCUGCCCGCUGCGGUGCGCUGCGCUGAGCUGAGCUGAGCGGGCCGCUGGGCGGUGCGGGCUGCGCGCUGUGACUCGGGGCGGCUCGCCCCGGUUCGCUGUCUGCAAAAUGGUGUGUACAGGGAGGGUGACUGGGAGAGAGCAGAUCGUUCCCCAGAGAACAGGAGCGGCGGAGGGCUGGGGGCAGUGACGAGGUGUGAGGUGGUUGGUUGGACGGAGCGAGGCCUUCUCACGAAGGUAGAGAUGGGAAGAAGAAGACCAGUGGUACCCUGGAGUGCAAUAAGAACGUGGCCAGCAGGUCGAGGGAGGUGAUCUUCCUUUUGUUCUACCCUGGUGAGGCCAGAUCUGGAGUGCUGGGUCCAGUUCUAGGCUCCCCAGUUCCAAAAACAGAGAUUUUCUAGAAAGAGUGUAGUAGGGGAUGCCUGGGGGCCUGGAACAUCUCCUGUGUGAGGAAAGGCUGAGAGACGUGGGGCUGUUCAGCCUGGGGAAGAGAAGGCUGAAGGGGAUCUGGUUAGUGCUUAUAUCUAAAGGCAGAAGUCAGGUGGGGCCAGGCUCUUUUUGGCAGUGUGCAACAAUAGGACAAGGGGCAGCGGGCACAAACUUAAAACACAGGAAGUUCCAUACUAACACAAGGAAGAACUUAUUUACUGUCACAGUGACAGAGCACUGGAACAGCCUGCCCAGAGAGGUGGUGGAGUCUUGUUCUUUGGAGAUGCUUAAGACUUGCCUGGAUGCCUACCUGUGCAAGCUGCUGAAGGGAAGCUGCUUUAGCAGGGGGUUGGUCUCAAUGAUCUCUAGAGGUGCCUUCCAGCCCUUAUAAUUCUGUGAAUGGAAUCAAAGGGAAGAAAUGAGAGAGGGAAGAGGAUAGGAAAGAACAGUGGACAUUAAAACACCUGUGUGUGCGUGGUGAAGUCCAGCACUCUUUUUAACCUGCAAAGAAAGAGGGUUGGGGAAAGUUCAGGAAUGUCACAUCGAUCUGAAAAGCUGGGUUUAAAUCUGACCAUUAACCUUGGUAAUAUAUAUUGCACUUGACUAAUUUUCUUUUAAGUAGAAGGACGUGACAGAAUAACUUGUCUUUGACCAUGAGGUUCAGCCUUCAAGUGUUGGAAAAAGUUAUACAGCAUAAUUGAUGCAGAGCUGAUACAGUGUUAAGAGUCUGUCAUGCUCUUGUGUUAUGGUUGAUACAGACUUUCUUCCCUGAAUAUGUUGCAGAUAGUUUUUUCAAUAUCUCAUGCCUUCUUCUCUUUCACCAUACCUUCACUGGAAGAGACAAUUACCUUCAGUUUGUUCCUUGCUUCUUUGCCUUAAAGGGACUGAUUGUGUAUGUGUAUAUAUAUAUAUUUAUAUAUAUAUAUUUAUAUAUAUAUAAAACAGAUGCCCACACCAGACACCCAGGGCCUCAAAGUUCACCAGCAGAAGCAGUUCAUUAGUAGCACAUUCCUGCUGUUAGGGGAGUUUAUUGAAAGCAAGAAGUGUGUUAGCAGAGGAGGGAGAGGGAAGACAGCUGGAAGAUGAUUAGAAGCGUCUCACUUGAAAGAACUGUUACUUGGUUUAUGUCCCCUUGCGUCUUUAAUGAUCAUUAAAACAUGAGAUUGCUGACCUUUUGCUGCAGUGAGACUGUGGCUAAAACGCCAUUGAUGCUUAUUGCUUCUUUGCUUUUCUCUGCUCGGCGAGGGGAUUUUUCUCUCUUUAGCGUACCAGGCAAUGCACAGCGCAGAGGAUUUCUGUUCUAGUAUGAAGUGUGUUACAUGCUGCACUGAAAACCCUUGAGGUUUUUCAUGUCCUUUAUUCUGUACGAUGCAGCCUUGCUGUGCUGGGACCAAGUCAUGCAUCAAAGGUCACCGACAAGGAGGAAUGGCCAUGUGUUUUGAGCGGGUAUGCAAGGAGGCAUUGGUAUUCAGAGUGUUGUGGACGGAUGCUGAGUAGGUUGGAGAUCUCGGGAAAGCUUUGAAGAUUGUUUGGAUCCCUGUUGCAUGAUCCCUGAAAGCAUGGGACAGAGGAACAGAACCACAGAAUUGUAGGGGAAAGCACACUUAAGAACAGUUCCAGAACCACAGAAUCAUUUGAGGUAGAAGGGACCCUUAAUGGCCAUCAGUCCAACGCCCCCUCACACACAGCACAUCAGGUGCUCAGAGCCUCCCAGCCCGACCUUGGUGUCUGCAGGGACGAGGCACCACCGCCCUUCUGGGCAACCUGUGCCAGCGCCUCACUGCUUUUAGUGUAAAAAACUUUUUCCUUACAUUCAAAGUAAGUCUCCCCUCCUGUAGUGUGAAACUAUUUCCCCUUGUGUUAUCACAGCAGACCCUGCUAAAGAGUCUGUCCCCUUCUUUCUUACAGCCCAUUUAGAUGCUGAAAGGCCACUUUCAUGUCUCCCCAGAGCCUUCUCCUCUACAGGCUGCACAGCCCCAGAAAAUGCUAUAGUAACUGCUCAUGUGAGCUUAGUAAAUAUCUUGCUUAUAUCAGUAUCUCUCUGAAACCCAGGAACAGAAACAAGUGCUCAUAAUUUUGCCCUGAAAUACACAAGUAAUGCAUGCUAGAUGUUUCCUGGAGGCCUGGUUCCAGCCCAGAAACUUUCCUGUUCUCUUUGAAUUUGACUCGCUGUGCUUAAAUCGCUGUAAUUUGUAAUUUGUGGGGACUGGAAGGCUUGUGCCGCAGGUGUCAUUUCAUCUAUGUCUUCUAAGUCAGCUCUUAUAACUUCCCAGAUGAUGCUGAAUUCUUCUUUUCUUCCGUUUGAGAGGAGGAGGCAAGCUAUCUGUGGAAAUUCAGGGUGGUUCUUGGAAGUUGGAAGUCUUUAAGUGUUUCAACUGAAGUGUCUCUCUUGACUUCUUGUAAACAGAACUGGCCCAGAGUCAAUGCCUGCGUUGACGUGGUUCUUUCUGGUGUGAAGUUGUUGGAGGCACUUGGUCUUAAACCUGGGUCGGGAAAAAAUCACGAUGUCCUGAACUCCAGACAGGACCUGAGAGAAGCAUUCACUCACUUCAUGGAGAAAGGAGCGGCUGCCGAACGCUUCUUCAGCGAUGCAGAGUCCUUCCAUCACAUCGCACAGACUGCCUCAGAGCACCCUGGUGCACAGCUUUACGUUGGAGGCAAUGCUGCUCUCAUUGGUCAGAAGCUUGCAGCAAAUCCAGAUCUGAAGAUCCUCCUUUGUGGCCCAGUUGGUCCCAAGCUCCAUGAACUACUAGAUGACAGUGUAGUCGUGCCACCUGAAUCCAUGCAGGAAAGAGAUGAGUUCCAUCUUAUCCUGGAGUAUCAAGCAGGUGAAGAGUGGGGGCAAGUGAAGGCACCCAACGCCAACCGUUUUAUCUUCUCCCAUGACUUAUCAAAUGGUGCCCUAAAUAUGCUGGAAGUGUUCGUGUCCAGCUUGGAGGAGUUUCAGCCUGAUCUUGUGGUGCUUUCAGGACUUCACAUGAUGGAAGGCCAGAGCAAGGAGAUGCGACACAGACGACUUAUGGAGGCAGUAGCCUCCAUCUCUGACAUUCCUACUGACAUUCCUAUACACCUGGAGCUGGCCAGUAUGACUGAUCAGGACUUUAUGAGCAACAUUGUGCAUCAGCAGGUCUUUCCCCUGGUGAACUCCAUUGGUCUGAACGAGCAGGAGCUGCUCUUCCUCACACAGUCAGCCUCUGGUCCCCACGCCUCCCUGGCUUCCUGGAAUGGUGUCCCUGAUGUGGGUGCCGUCAGCGACAUCCUCUUCUGGAUCCUGAAGGAGCACGGGAAGAUUGCGGACCGGGCCUCGGAUCUCACACGGAUCCACUUUCACACGCUGGCCUACCACAUCCUUGCCACAGUGGAUGGGCACUGGGGCAACCAGGUGGCUGCCGUGGCUGCCGGAGCCAGAGCGGCAGGGGUGCAGGCCUGUGCGACUGAAACCAUCGAUACCAGCAAAGUCUUUCUUAAGGCUCCUCUGGAGUUUGUGACCUCCCAGAUAGACGCACCUUCCAAAAUAUCCUUAAAUCCAGAUGAGCCAGUGGUGCAUUGGCACAGAGAAGGCAUCUCCUUCCAUUUCACGCCUGUUUUGGUGUGCAAAGAUCCUGUGCGGACUGUGGGACUUGGGGAUGCUAUUUCAGCUGAAGGACUGCUAUAUUCAGAAAUAUAUCUUCAGUAGAGGACUGAAGUCCCCUUUGUCUCCAGUACUGUACGGUGUCUGAGGAACUGUGCUGUUAGCAUUAGGAUUUCAGCCAGUGCUGAUAUAGGAACAGAAUCAGGGUGCAGUAUGUCUUCUGGAUAUAACAGAAGAGCCAAAGAAUAAUUCCAGGUGUAAACCGUCAGAUACAUUCCAGUCAUUUUGCAGUGACUAGAACGCUUUAUGAAGUGCAGAGGUUUUCGUAUUUAAUGUGAAAAUUGGCUUUUCUUUGUCUUAAGCAUGUGGGGAGGGACAAAAAUAAUCAAAAUCCACAUUUGGAGCAGGUCUGCUCUUUGUAACUGCACAUGGCCCUUGUCUGCUAGUGCUGGAAAGUGUGGCAGCCCUGAGAGCUUCCUCCCCAUGGAUCCCAGGGAGAGCACAGCGCUGCUCAGCCCUGUCUUGCUUAUGAUAAAGUAAAAAUAGAAAGCUUCUGCAUUAUCUCCUCACAGCACAUGGCUAGGUGGCAGGAGCAAACCUUCCGCUCGUUCAGUGGGCUGAUGAAAUCUGUUCCUGACAAAAUUACCUCUCAACCUCAGUGCCCCUGCAGCGGAGGGAGCCAGAGCCCGAAAAUGUGAUGCACACUGUACCCACUCCUUAAAUGCACAGGGAAAGGUGGGCUCAAGGCAGUUUAAAUCAUGUUGGGUAUCUGUUGUUUCUGUGACUGACAGGAUUCAGCUAGUUGCCUGCAGUUAGUCUUGGGGCAACUGAAAGUGAAGAUAUUCAGGGUUUAUAUUUGGGGAGACAGCUUUAUAUUUUUGUCGGGUAAACAGCAAAAUGUUAACUGUGUCUGCUACAUGCUACAUACCAAGAGCCACAGCCAUGGGGGCUUGCUGCUUGCUCCCUUUGCUAACAGCUGCUUACAUGGGGUGUUGUACAGCGUACAGCAACCUGCUGAGUGCUGGAGACUGAUUUUUUGUUUGGGAACUGUUGUGCAGUUUUCUUCAGUUUCGCUGCCUUCUAUUCAGACGGAUUCAUUAGGGAAGGGCCCUCAGAAGCUCUAAGUGUUUAGCAGGGAAGGCUGAUGGGAGGAGCUUUUUUUCUUCUCUUUGACAAGGUCACCGGGCUGUCUUUGCUCUGGACAGCCUUUGGAAUUAAAAAAAAAAAAGAGCUGUGUCUUAUCAGUCGAAUUGCAUAGUAUCAUGGCCUUGCUAGUUUAGAAAUCUUGUUUAAUAUGUGUAUUGUUUAAUACAUUAUUUAUAUAUUUUUUUACCUUUUGCUAAUAGCCCACCAUUCUUUGCACAGCGUCAGUAUUCUUUUUAUCUCUUUUCCAGCAUAGCUUUGCCUCUUUCCACUUCCAGGACCUAUUUCCAUAGCUAUCGUACAGAUAUUUUCCGUGUGACUGAAUUAAAUGCAGCCAGCGUGUCUGUGCAAGCUUGUGCUGUACCAGGAUUGUAGGAGGUCACUGUUUGCAUCCAAGCAGCGGAGAGGAGAGUCAGGAUCACUUAGGCUGGAAUGAUCAGUUUCAGCAAGGCUGCUGUAUGGUGUUCAGUAAUGUUCUCCUGGUGGAAAACAGCAUUAUGAAUGCUCUGUAAGGACAAAAAUUGACAUCUGUUCGAACCUGUAUGGAUGUCACGCAAAAUGUUAUCUGUCAAUAUGUAUUUAACUGCUCCUCUCUCUCUGAGCAAAGUCUUCUGUGUUGUACCAGAGGAGAAACGGUCAGUGCUGUGUUUUCCCAUUGCAUAUCCCAUCCUGGCCUUUUGUUGACUCUUCAGUAUCUAUCUCAGUGCAGGAUCUUCUUAAGACUGGAAGCCUUUCUCUUCAGUGUCUUUUUUAAAAUCAUUAUUUAUAAACUGUAGCGCGGGACUUGGAGUUCUGGUUUAGUCUUCCUACAGGGAAAAAAAAACAAAUAAAAAAUGUCUCCUGA